UGCCUGCCUGCCUUCUUUCCUACCUGACUGGUGGACUGUCUGACUUGUUCAGAAAAUGUCUCACUACCAUUUCAUCAAAUGUUGUUGUUUCCAACUAUGUAACGUCUUUCGUCAGAACAUGGAGAUAGACCAGUGUCUGCUGGAGUCUCUUCCCAUUGGCCAGCGCCAGAGGCUGGUCAGGAGGAUGCGCUGUGAACAAAUAAGGGCGUACUAUGAGAGGGAAAAGAGCCUUCAGCGCCAGCAAGGCGGAAUCAAAGUUCGAGCCUUGCCCACCCACCGCAAGAAGCACCAUGUCCGCUUCAGCCCUGCUGACAUUAUACAAGAUGCCAUCGUUCAUCAUAAUGACAAAGAAGUGUUGCGCCUCCUGAAAGAAGGUGUUGACCCCAACACUCCCACUUCCUCUGGGGGAUCCUUGCUACACUUGUGUGCCCGCCAUGACAAUGUCUUUGCGGCAGAGCUUCUGAUUGAGCGAGGCUUAAGUGUCAACCUGCAGGACGAAGACCUGUGGACAGCCCUACACGUAGCCUGUGUGUGUGACCAUGCAGAUGUGGUACUGCUGCUGUUAGUGGCUGGAGUGAACGUUUUGCUUCAGGACAUCAAUGGAAACAUUCCUCUGGACUACGCCAUCGAGGGGACAGAGACCAGCUAUAUCCUCCGAAAACACCUGGAGGAAAAUGGUGUGGAUGUGUCAUCCAUGCAUGCCAUGAAGAUUCAGAGACCCAACACCAUGCUCUCUGAUGUUAGACAGCUUGUAGCCUCAGGGGGAAGCCUCAAUCAACCCAAUGAUGAAGGAGUUACUCUGCUGCACAUUGCAUGUGCGAGUGGUUACAGAGAGGUGGUGUCUGUGCUACUGCAGAGCGGAGCAGAUCCUCAUCCUGCUGACAACAACUUUUGGACCCCUCUCCACCUGGCUGCUAAAUAUGGACAGGCAAGCAUUGUUAGCCAGCUCCUGAGGCAUGGCGCAAACCCGACUCUGCUGAACUGCAACCAAGACAAACCCUACGAUAUUGCCGUGUCAGAGCCCAUAGCAGAUAUGCUGCUGAAUGCAGAGGAGAGCUGGCAGCAGAGACUGAAGGACCCCUCUGCUCCUCUACCUUCCACUGACCAGCGCUAUGAUAGUGGUUCACAUGACCUCAGCACUCCUGUCAAGAACUUGAACCCCCUGGGUAUCCCUAUCUCUAAGAGGGACAGUCUGCUGGAGAAAUGUGCCAUGUUCAGAGAGGCAGCUGGAGCACUGAGCCGACAACCCUCUCAGGAUAAUGGCCUAGAUGGCCCUUUUAGCUCUGGAGCCAGCAAACUGGAGCAGGUGAAACUGAUGCCUCCGGCACCAAAUGAUGAUCUGGCAUCCCUCAGUGAGCUGACUGACAGCAGCCUUCUCUACGAGAUGCAGAAACGUUUUGGCAAUGACCAAAUCUACACUUACAUUGGGCACAUUCUUCUGCUGGUCAAUCCCAACAAAGAGCUGCCCAUCUAUUCCACUUUGGUUAGUCAGUUGUACUUGAGCUCCACGGGCCGUCUUUGCUCUUCUCUGCCGCCUCACAUCUUCUCCUCAACAGAGAGAGCUUAUCACAUGAUGCAGCAGGAGAGACGCCCACAGUGUUUCAUCUUAAGUGGUGAGAGUGGCUCUGGGAAAACGGAGGCAUGCAAGCACAUAGUGAGACACCUGACAGCUCGAUCCAGCACCAAAGGCUUUGUGCUGGAGCCCAGAAUGAAGCAUGUCAACUGUAUACUGGAAGCCUUUGGCCACGCGAAGACCCAGAGGAACAGCAACUCAAGCCGCUUCAUCAAGCUGCUGACGAUCCAAUACUGUGAUAAGAGGAGGACACCACUCAGAGCCCAUGUGUACACCUAUAUGCUGGAGAAGUCCCGUCUGGUCCACCUGCCUGUUCAACAACACAGCUUCAGAAUUUUCUACCUGAUGGCUGAAGGCCUUUCAGCUGAGGAGAAGAGUGCACUUUACCUCAACAAUGUCCUGGCUCAUAGGUAUGUGGCUGUCAGGUGUUCUCAAACUACAGUUCACAGAAGCCUGAACAGAGAACAUCUUGCGGCAGUCAAGCAAGCCCUGCGAGCCCUCGGCUUCAACAAGCAGGAGGUCGACUCGGUGUUUACGCUGCUAUCUGCUGUGCUCCAUAUUGGGGACUUGCAUUUUACAGCACUGACAGAUGCUGACACGGCCUUCCCUUCCGACCUGCAGCUGCUGGAGAGAGUUGCUGGAUUAUUGCAGGUGUCCUCCAGUGACUUAAGCUCCGCCCUCACUUCUGAUGUUCAGUAUUUCAAAGGUGAUGUGAUCACUCGGCGCCACACAGUAGAGAUGUCAGAGCAGUACAGGGACCAGCUUGCCAAAGCCAUCUAUGGGCGCCUCUUCAGUUAUCUGGUCAACAGUAUCAAUGACUACCUUCAGGGACAGGAUGACACAAUCAGUGAUCCUGCUUGGGAAAUUGGGAUCUUGGACAUUUUUGGGUUUGAAGAAUUUCAGAAGAAUGGAUUUGAGCAGCUGUGUGUGAACAUGACCAAUGAGCGGAUGAGGCAGUACGUCUCUGAGGUGCUAUUCCAGCAGGAGCAGGCUGAGUGUCUGCAGGAGGGCAUCGCCAUGGAGAACGCCCGCUCUCCCAGAAACCACCCAGCCGUUCUGGACUUCUUUUUUCAGAAGCCUCAGGGGCUGCUGUGCGUGUUAGAUGAGGAGAGCCAGAGUCUGCGGCCAUUAGAGCAGACCUUGUACAAGAGGCUCUCUGCCCAGCUGGACUCCAACCCAAUUCACGGGCUGUCUCUCACAACCAAGGACGGCAAUGGGAACCCCCCUCCGAAAGACCAAGGCCCGGCCUUUAUUGUCAGCCACUAUGCAGGACAGAUUUCAUACAACCUCACAGGAUCACUCACAAAAAACAAGGACUCUCUGCCUCAGAAUCUCCUUUUUACAAUUAAGUCCAGUGAGAGUGUGUUGCUCCAGCAGCUCUUCCAGUCCAGGCUUACUCAGACUGGUUCUUUGGUGCCAGCAGCCCGGAGCUGCAUAGGGCUGAGGGGGCCUAAAGCUGCCUUGUUGCUCCACAGGAUACCUUCAGUCUCCCUUGUCAGUGCCAGUUCUAUCCCCCAACAGCCCCGGAGGUACCAUGAUCUUACCAAGAUCUUGAAGAAAAAAGGCUCCAGCUCCUUCCUCCAGCGACUAGAGCGUUGUGGACCCAUCACAGUAGCUGUCCAGCUUAGGAACACACUGUCAGAGUUGGUUAGCAAACUGCAGGCGUGCACUCCCCACUUCGUGGAGUGUGUGCGACCCAACUCCAGUUGUCAGCCAGACAGUUUUGACAGCUUCCAUGUGUCUACCCAGCUGCAGUACAUCGGGGUGCUUGAGAUGGUGCGCAUGAUCCGUUAUGGAUACCCUGUGCGCCUCUCCUUCCCAGGCUUCCUGAGCAGAUAUAAAGACCUUGUUGUCCCAACAUUGGGAGACAAGAAGAAACUGUCUCCAGAGGAAAAAUGUCGCUCAGUUCUGCAACAAUCUAAACUCCAGGGAUGGCAGAUGGGCAGCAGUAAAGUGUUUCUGAGAUACUGGCAGGCAGACCAGCUCAAUGACCGCUGCUACCAGCUUCAUAAAAAGAUCGUCACCUGUCAGAAAGUUAUUCGCGGCUGGCUAGCCAGGCAGACCGUCCACCGCAGGCUGUCGUUACAACACAAAGAAGAGUGUGGUGUGCAGCAUUUCCUGCAGGGGGCAGAAGACAUGGGGCUGCGAACCUACGACCAGCUGGUUAUCCAAAAUGCCUCUGACAUUGCAAGAGAAAGCGACCGCCAGCGCUGCCAUGGCAAUAGCCUGCUCAACACCCUCGGCAGUAGCCCACCCCUUGGCGAAAGACCUGAGCCAGUGGGGAAGGAGGAGGAUCAGCCAGUCAGGAGAGUGGUGGAGAAAAGCGCGAAAGCUCAUGAAGGGCCUCCCAACGGAGGAAGUCGAGUCAUUCGCCACUUUCGUUCCAGCUCGGUACCCACCCCCCUCGCCAUUGAGAACAUGGUCCAUUCCUCUGCCAGUCCACCCAUCAAACCAGCCUUGCAGCAAGUUGUCCAUAUCAACGACGACGGAGCAGGCGGGGGAGGUCUUUCCUCUCCUCGCAAGCAGCCUCCUCCCAAACCAAAGAGGGACCCCAACACCCGCCUGAGUGCAUCUUAUGAAGCAGUUAGUGCAGGCUUGACAAUGGCCGCCAAAGAGUCCUUGUCCAAGCCCCGUCCCCACAGCGAUGACUAUACAACUAUGAGAAAGGUACCACCCCCGAAACCCAAGCGCAGCCCCAAUACUAAGCUGACAGGCUCAUAUGAGGAGAUUAAUGCUGUAGCACCCCAACUCCAUCAGCUGCGCCCAGCUGAUGUAAAGUUGGCCCUGCUUUCACGUGGUGGGGGAUUUGGAGGCUUGAUGCAGAGAGCAGCCUCUAUAGAUGCUCCACAAGGUGUGGCAUUAAGCCUGUUCAAGGGCCAAGAUGAAGAGGAUGUUUACAUAGAGAUGUUGGGGUCCCAGCCGCGGGCACGAAGCCUCCAGGAGCCACCCGAUAGCCCAGAGCAAGCCGACUCAGAAGCUGUCUACGAGGAGAUGAAGUAUUUUCCUUCUGAAGAAGGUGGAACUGCUGCCACUGUGGUCACCAAAGCAGCCAAACUGGAGGCUCUAGGACUGAACUUGGUGGGACUGGGGACAUCCCCUCCUCAGAGCGCAGAGACCAAACGAAUGGCAGUAGGGGUGACUGCUGCUUUGGACAUUGCUCACUCACAUAGCACAUCAAACAAUGGAGCUCCCAAAACCCAGCAUGGAAAAGAUGGCAGCUGUGACAUUCCUGCACCUUUCCCGAACUUGCUUCCCCACCGCCCUCCUCUCCUGGUAUUUCCACCCUCCCCUGUCACCUGUUCUCCUGCUUCUGAUGAGUCACCCCUCACCCCCCUGGAGGUAAAAAAAUUGCCAGUGUUUGAGACAAACCUCAACUAUGCUACUGGGCCAGACAGCCCUCUGUCUCCACAAUAUGCUCGCCAGAGGGCUGAUUCUUCCCCAAGCCUCACGGUUCUCAUGCCAGAGAAGAAGUCUACACCUCCACUCACCCCUCCACCUCCACCUCCUCCCCCUAGUGCCCCACCUCCACCCUACAGACCUCCUUCACACUUCCCCUUCCCACCUGAGGCCAGCUUCCUGGCUCUGACACGAGCAGCAUCUGUCACUGGGAGCUCAGAUUCCCCCAAAACAUCCUCACAAAGGGCAGGUGGGGAGCCACUGGGGAAGCCACCUCCCUACUCCCCCGUGAAGAUGUCUCGUCCUGAACCUCGACGAGCCCACUCAUGCUCCUCAUCUCCCCUGCUGUUCAACCCAGCCAACGGCAGGCCCCUGACCAGCCCCUUGGAUGAACUCAACACCCUGUUCAGCUCUGGACGCAGCCUACUGAGGAAGUCAGGCCGCAAGAUGAGAGAUGGAGGAUUCAAUUCUAAUAUCAACCAGCCAGGCAGGGAAGACUGUGGCUCUGCCCCCACCUCACCAUCUCUCCAGCUACAAGACAAGAACGCCAACAACCACUCUCCCCACUCACAAAGCCCUGCCCCUGUAGAGAAUGGGAACCAGAUCUCUAACGGGUCGCUGGAGGAUGAGAGUCACAGCAAAUCAAACUCCUCCAGCACCACCUCUCUGCACAGACACAUGGAUAGCCAUCAUACUCAGGUUUUCCAGCGGCUACGUCUGUCCAACAGAGAUGAGAGCGCCACCCUUGGGGAGCUUCUGCGAUGGCGGCGAUUGCAGUGUGAGGGGCGGAGCGACUGGAAGCGCCGUCCACCUCAGUCCCCACCCCUGCCCCCCACACUGCUCUGGACCAACAGGAAGGCGUCUCCAUGAUGGAGGUUUCCUUACACAGUCACAUAUGUUGGCUAUGAAAUUCCUCCUGCUUUCUUCAGCCGCACUUGCACGAGCUCUUAACGUUUUUUGUUUUCUUUUUUUUUAUGACCCAAUAACCUCAGUCCCCAAGGACUAUGCUUAAGCUCCAAGAAUGAGCCUAGUCCCUGGGCUGAAGGUCUUGCCUUUCCCCUUUGCACUCAGCUGUGGAGGAUUCGCUAACCUACUGUAUGUGAUAGGAAAUCAGCACCAUGUGACACCUAACUCUGAUAUCCAUGAAAAAUGACUGUAAAGCAGAGAAAGUAGGCAUGCGGGAUAUUCUGUGAUGAAAUAUAUGAUCAAAAAGAGAAAAAUACUGAUGUACCUAUUUAUUUUCACCUCUUCUGGGAUGAAACAACUGAUGUCGGUCAAUAGGAGGAUUAAUUUACGAGCAAAGUAAUAGAGUUUACCUGGGGUUUAGAUACUGAAUGGCCAUCUGAUUUGGAUUGCAUGACCUCAUAUGUUGUGCUGUUGAUGAGCUCCACCCCAAAACACGGUGCUGAUUAUACUUGACGUGCUGUAAUGUUCCCAUGUGAUGCGUAAUUAUAUGUGCACACCCGAGUCUCAGAAAGUUUACAAGUCAACCAACACCUCUGGAGACCUCCAGUUUUUAACAGCAGUUUACUGGCUUAGACAUGGGAUCUUUUUCAGGUACACGGCUUUCACUUAGCGUCUCAUGUUUGGGCUCUAAGUGCUACUGCAGCCCUGGCAGCAAGCGACCGGGGGUCAGGGUAACCUCAGUAUUAUCCCAAGGUGCACUUCUCUUCCCCCUUGCUACCACCAGCCUUUGAGGAAGCCCUCUGGCCAAAUCCCAAACUACUGCACUUACCUUUACUAGGAGAAGGGGGUCCAACUAACGAGCCUACUUUGGUUUGAUGUAUAAAGGUAAAGCUUAAAGAUUAAAAAAAAAAAAAGCUUUAGUCGAUAGGUAUUUAGUUCAUGUUGUGAACAUGAAACUCUGUGCCAAAGUGAUACAAUGUGUGAAAGCUGUAUCUGAUCUAACAAGUAUAGUUAUUAAAACUAAUGUAUACAGUAGUCUCCUUAUACUUGUAUACUGUAUAUACAGACUGACAAAUGACCAAAUCAUAGCUGUUGUUGCAGUUCAGUGGUGAUCCUGUGUGGACUCUUUCUAAAUAGAUUAAAAAACUGUUGACAAUGAAUAUCAAACAGUCCACACUCUUAACGUGUCUCAUCAGCAUCUGAACAGGUUAAUGUGUUUUUCAGGAGAAAUUGCACACAGAUGAACCUGAUUAUUGUACAGAUCCUGACAUUGUUGGUGUGUCCUCGCAGUCGCCUAUUUUUUUUAUUUUUUUUUACCUUCUAUGUCCUACCCCAUCUUCUUUUCCUUUUCCUUACUUGACCCAAAACAAACAGACCCCCUUGCCCCUACUUGACCCACCCCACCUCCUCCAGUGGAUCAAACCGGCUUUACGGGUGUUUCCUUGGUAACCACAGUGUAAAUAGUGAAUGGUGUCAUAUGUUGUAGCUUUUACUAUAGAAGAAAAGCACGGAGAUUGACCUGAAAGAUGAAGGACAAGGAUGAGUACAUAAUACCAUGUAUGAUGGUGAAACUGAGAUUGAAGAAUGUCUCGGGUUAGAUGCAAUGCUGAGGUAAAGAGAAGAGGUCUAUUUUAAAAUGUGAAUAUCUUUUUUUUUGUUUGUUUUUUUUAUUAAGAAUGACUGUCUAUGGCUAUGAAAAUUCUUUAUACUCUAUUUAAUAUGAUUUGUUUAUUCCCCAUUGCUCUCCUCCCCCCAAUGCAACGCAGAUGUUUUAAAUGUAUUUGGAUGUUUUAUUGCACAAUGUUUAUGUGGUGUUGUGUUGACCUCUGUAAUGGGCUGGGUGUGUCUAGACAAGGUGUUCGAUCUUUAAAGAUCCAGUCUGAAUUGUUAGAGCGUCAAAGUAUCAAUGACUCUAAUAGAUUUCUCAUUCCCGCUGAUCACCCACAAUGCAUCUAAAUUGAUUCAGCUUUGCAAAUUAGCAGCGCCACCACAGGAUCGCUCUCGGUUGCUGUCGGUGCGUGAAGGUGCACAUAUAUUCAAGAAGCCGUUGAAACUCGGAAAAGAAAUGGUGAACUAGCCCAGUUGCGUUUUGGACUGACUGGCUGAAUGUACAAAUGCAAAUUUUUAUUGCACUGCCUGUGCACAUCUCUGAAUCUCUUUGUAUGUUAUUACUGGAACAUGCGCCUGACUCUAAAGAGUACCUAACUGCUUAAUGUGAUUAUUGUCUUCAGAAGUUGUGUAUGCAGUUCAUUUAUUUUUUUUUAAAGCAAGUACAAAGUAUUGAUUUGCCCCAUAUAUCACACCUUGCGCACUGUGACUGGGGCUGCAUGAGUUCUGCAAUGGAGAACUACGUCAAACAUUUCCACAUGAGGAUUUGUGUGUUUAGUCUGCAAUCAAACAAAAGAUGGGAACCAAGACUAAGCUUGUCAACCUUGCUAAUGCCAAUGAAAGAAUUUCUAGCUUUGGUAUUUAUCCUUCAAUAUAAUCAGAGUUAUGGUUGGUCGUGUGCAGUUUUGUGUAUACUUAUGUUUAUGGAAGUCAUUAAAUGAGGACUUAUUUUAAAGCAUAUCAGUGGUUUUUACCUUGCAUGACCACAUGUUGGGCCUGCUCCCCUUAUAACAUGCUCGUGCAGAAAAGAUAAAGGCUGUCUAAUGUGAAGAACUGCUUCCCUCUGCACUGUGAAUCACUCUACUAUCCCCCAAUGUCUCAUCUAAACACUCAUCAUCCAUCCACAUAAACCCAUCUGCUACUAUGUCCACUUCAUCACAUACAAACUUUGAUGAAUUAGCCCACUCUGAUGUAAGCUCCGGCAGCCAAAAUACUGCCACUCAUAUUCGUUAGUCAGGAAUCUAUAAAUCCUUUGCUCUGAGAUCAGCACUCUGGUGCUACUGCCGGUGUAGAAUGGCCAUCGAGUGUCCCCGGUCCAUUUAUAGUUGUCCAGAGAGACACGAUAUUUCAGCACUGCCUUUCAUAUUGUUAUUUGCUUUUGUUUUAUUUUUUUAUUAUUGUAAUUUUUCUUUUGUACAUGACAUACGUUAUAUUUUAAUCUACAUACAUACGUGUUUGUGGAAAGAAAAAAAAGAUUGUGAUAUUUCAUAAUUAUUAUGUUCCCAAUUUUUUAAGUACUGUACAUGUACAGCAAUA